AUGUCCCGCCUUGACGUCACCUUCAAAACACUGGAUGGCCUCACCCUGAGUGGAUGGCUAUACCCAGCCGCCCAAUAUGGGCCAGGCAUUAUUGUUUCUCCAGGAUUCAACAUGCCUAGAGAGGCCUUUGUGCCUGAUAUCGCGCAGUGGUAUCAGAAUCAUGGCAUCACGGCCCUCAUUUUCGAUACGAGGACUUAUGGCCUAAGUGAUGGCCUACCGAGACAAGAGACUAGCACUCGUAAACGAGUUGAGGAUUUUCAUGAUGCCGUCACGUUCCUUUCCAAGCACGAACUGGUUGACCCUCAGAAGAUUGCCCUUUGGGGCCUCUGUUUUGAUGGGAAUAUGUGUCUUGCUGCUACAGCACUCGAUCCACGUGUACAUGCUGUCGUCGCGGUAGCACCUGUCAUUGACCUGCAUGGAUUUCCCGAGCGACGAAGAGCUAUUAUUGAGCUGGCCAUGCAGGAUCGCGAAGCUCAAAUGGCUGGGGAAGAGCCACUCUAUCUGCCCUACGUCAACGAAGAUGGCACUGUUCCUCUCGGCCCCUCAAUGGGCUCAGACUUUUGGCCCAUGAUGACACGCUUGAAAAUCCCUGUCGAGAACCGCGUCACGGUGCAGACAUUCUACAGUGCUUUCUCGUGGGAUAUCAUGACGCUCAUUCCCUAUGUCAGCCCUACGCCUGCAAUGAUGGUAACACCCGAGAAUGAUAUUGAAUGUCCCGCAGCGGAGCAGAUUGCCGCGUUCGAGAAGAUGGGUGAGCCAAAGACCUUUCAUUUGCUUCCUGGAAAGGGUCAUUUGGACUGGGCUUUUGGCGAUGUUGACUCUGUGAUGGAGAAGCAGUUGGAAUUCUUAAAGGGAGCCUUGAAUUUCUAG